GAGUUUGUCUGUCCCGUCUCCAAACAGCCAUCGUUGCGUUGCACUGUGCACAAUCAAGCGAAUGAUAAUCUUGCUUAAGUAGAACGAUGGUCAGAAGCGCAACUGAACCUUACCAUGUGUACUGUGUACGUGCAUCCAGUAUAUUAACUUUACCAGUAUUUUUUCCACUGCUUCUCUGCGUGGAUGCUUUGAAACAUGCAACGUCCAGCAUCCUCAUACAUAUACAUACCUCAUGCCAGCCGAAGUGUUCCUCCAUCAUCUCCAUCUCCACUACCUUCUUCCUCAUCAACCAACACUUCCAAAAAAUUCGUAAUGUCUUGGCCUUGGUCCCGUACAUUCCGCUCCCAUUCUGAGUGGAACGGUCAAUCCCCCUACCGCGCCGACUGCCGCAUCAUGGACAACCGAGACUUCAACUCGACCCGCGGUCUCCUCAACAUG